AUGGCUGCAGCUGUCGCAACAACCCUGGCCAACAUAGAGGCUACCUCGGACAAGAUCGAUGAGGUCAACGUGCUCAAAGUAAUGAGCAAGCAGAGCGAUCUUUACGAUGCCUCCGAGUUUGACCAAGCAAAGGAUAAGGCCACAUUCCGACAGUUUGAAGAUGCACAGGACCAAGUCAAGGACUUUUACGCCACGCAGCACACACGUCAGACCGUUGCCUUCAACCUUAAGGCUCGGAACGAUUUUUACAGCAAGACCCGCGCUCAUAUGGGCGUCUGGGAUGCUAUGGAGAAGCUGGAUACCUUCAUUGAUGAGUGCGACCCUGAUACUCAAGCAUCGCAGAUGACCCAUCUACUUCAAACUUCCGAGGCCCUCCGUAAGGAUGGCAAGCCUCGCUGGAUGCAGCUCGUCGGCCUUAUUCAUGAUCUUGGGAAGCUUCUCUUCUUUUACGGCGCCGAUGGUCAAUGGGAUGUUGUUGGUGACACGUUCCCUGUUGGUUGCGCCUUCGAUGAUCGUAUCAUCUUCGGAAAAGAGUCAUUCAAGAACAACGAAGAUUCUAAGAACCCCAUUUACAGCACUAAGUUUGGCAUCUAUACACCUGGGUGUGGACUCGACAACGUUAUGCUAUCUUGGGGACACGAUGAGUAUCUUUAUCAUAUUGUGAAGGAACAACCAACUAUUCCGGAUGAGGGAUUAGCAAUGAUUCGUUACCAUUCUUUCUAUCCCUGGCACCGAGAAGGUGCUUAUCACGAGCUCAUGAACAAGCACGAUGAGAAGAUGCUCAAAGCUGUCAGAGCGUUCAAUCCGUAUGAUUUGUACUCAAAGUCUGACGACCCACCGAGCGCCGAAUCUCUCAAGUAG